AUGCACUCGUAUGAAGAACUAUUUAAAAUUGCCAUGCAGGGCAUCUGCUAUGCCUCGCAUUUGGCCAGAAAUGCUCCUUUGGUCACUGCCAAGCUGAAAGAUGACCAGUCAGUUGUCAGUCUCUAUGACGUGUCGAUACAGAUGAUUUUCUGCUAUCUGUUUAGAGACAGUCCCGUUGAUAUUCUGUCAGAAGAAGAAGACAACAUUUUCUACAAAGAAACUCUUAAGAUACUAAGAGAAAGUGUUGGCACAAGCACAGAAGAGCACAGAUACAUACACAGCUUUCUCAAAGAGCACUCUAUAUCGCUGGAUAGAAUGAAGCCCGUAAUUCACUCUGCAAAAAAAACAGGAAAUACAACAGUAGUACUCGAUCCGAUAGAUGGCACGAGAGGGUUUAUUAGUGGCAGGUCUUAUUCCGUUGUUGUUUCCUGCAUAGAAAAUAACUCGGCUCUUUUUUCGAUUAUCUCCUGUCCUAAAGAGGGCAUAGUCCACUACAAAUGCAGCAUGAACACCUCUGGGACAUUUGGAUAUCCGCACAGAAAAAGAGUAAAAGUGUACGCGCUUGGCGAUGCAUACAAAGCAUCCUACAGUGCUUUCCUGAACACACUGUCUCUGCAUAUAUGCAUGUCUGCUGAAAGUGCACACUCCAGCUCGCUCGUUGAAAAGUAUCUGUCCAGAAUGAGAGAGAUAUACCCAAUAGUUGUUCAUAGGAUGGACGGACAGGGAAAGUACGCAUACGUAGCUACACAGCAGAUGGACAUCUUCCUGCGGCUUCCCAGCCGAAAAAUAGAAGAAAAAAUAUGGGACCACUGUGCAGGGAUAGACAUGAACUGUCUCUCUGUUGUAACCGAUGUGUAUGGUACGCCCCUGCAUCCGUGCACUCCUCCAAGCUACGGCGUCCUUGCUUCUCAUUGCGCGAUCUUUCAUAGCAUAUCAUUGUCCAUCCUUAAUCAGCUAUUAAUAUGA